AUGAAAAACCUACAAUACUUUAUGCAAUUCGGUUAUAUAUCGAAAUCCAACAUAGAAACUGGUAACCUCCGGACAAUCGAGGAACUGGAGAAUGCUGUACGACGAUUUCAGACGUAUGGCGGCCUGGAACCAACGGGAAAAAUGGAUGAGGCCACAGUGGCGCUGAUGGAAAAGCCUCGCUGUGGAGCGCCGGAUUUCAACGACUCGCUGGACUUCUCCCCCUCGAACGAGGGCACCUACCUGGGGCGGCGUCGUUUCCGACGAUACAGCGUCAACGAAGGGCCGAAGUGGAAGGAAAGCACCGUCACUUGGAGGUAA